AUCUACGACUCCUCUGAGGAGCGCUACGAGGUUCCAGACCCCGUGAUCCCCGUCGAGAUGGACCUCGGAUCUCCUCUCGUUCAUGAAGGGGACGUGCAGAUGUACGCCACCAGUUACAGCCUGGGCAGCGACCCUUUCAGUUUCCAAGUGCGGCGAACCAAGACUGGUACCGUCAUCUUCGACACAGGCGUUGGUGCGCUGGUGUUUGCGCACCAGUUCCUGCAGAUUUCGGCGCGCUUACCCAGCGGACUCGUGUACGGACUCGGGGAACACGUCCACGACCAUUUCAAGCACGACAUGAACUGGAGGACGUGGGCCAUAUUCAACAGGGACGCCUUCCCGGAGGACUAUUCGAAUCUCUACGGCUCGCACCCAUUGUACAUGUGCAUCGAGAAGGACAACAACGCUCACGCCGUGCUCUUGCUCAACAGCAAUGCCAUGGAGAUUCAACUACAGCCAACUCCUGCUGUGACAUUCCGGACCACUGGUGGCGUUCUCGAUUUUUAUUUCUUCAUGGGACCCACUCCCGAAGAAGUCGUCAGGCAGUACACCGAGGCAGUGGGUCGUCCGCUGAUGCCGCCGUACUGGGCGCUUGGAUUCCACCUGGGCCGCUGGGGUUACCGCACCACCGACUAUGUUCGAGACACGCAGAAAAAGAUGCGUGACAUGAACAUGCCGCAGGACGUGGCUCACGUGGACAAAGACAUCUUGUACAAGCAGCGGUUAUUCACUUUGGACCGGAACAACUUCGCCAAGCUGCCAGACCUCGUCAAGGACUUGCACGGUCGUGGCCAGCGCUUCACUGUCGUCAUAGAGCCCGGAGUGGCUGUUCCGCGCGGAGAACCAGGUCCUUACGCGCCACUGGAGAGCGGAGAGCGGCUCGGAGUGUUCGUCAACGACACCUGGGGAACGCAGCCAAUACAGGGCUUGGGUUGGCCUGGUAACAUAAUGUUUCCAGACUUCGGGAAUCCCCUGACACAGGCAUGGUGGUCGGAGCAACUGCGAGAAUUUCACCAGAUCGUGCCUUUCGACGGCCUCUGGAUUACUGGCAAUGAGCCGUCGAACUACGCCAAUGGUUCAGUCAACGGAUGUCUCCAGGACAACCUGAAUCAACCACCGUACAAACCAAAGACGAAAGGACACCGCCUGUUCGAGAGAACUUUGUGCAUGGACUCUGUACACUGGUUCAAGGGCAGCAAGCACCGCCACUACAAUUUGCACAACCUCUACGGCAAGGCCAUGAGCCAAGCAACAGUCAAUGCCCUGAACGCGCUGUCCGGAGGCCGGCGCAGCCUAGUCAUGUCUCGCUCGACGUUCCUGGGCAGUGGUCGCUACGUGGGCCACUGGUUGGGCGACAACGCCAGCCGCUGGCCGGACCUGGGUCACUCUAUCAUCGCUAUGCUCGAGUUUGGCCUGUUCGGCAUACCUCUGGUAGGCGCCGACGUAUGCGGGUUUUACGACGAUGCCAACGAAGAACUCUGCUUGCGCUGGAUGCAGCUGGGUAUCUUCUAUCCUCUAGUCCGAAACAACAACGCCAUUGAAAGUAGUGCUCAAGACCCGUCGGCGUUCAGCGAAGACUACAAAGCAGUGGCACGCAAUGCCCUGAAGCUUCGAUACGAGCUGCUCCCUUUCCUGUACACUCUGUUUCACCACGCGCACACCAAGGGCACCACCGUGGCGAGGCCACUCUUCCACGUGUUUCCAAACGACACGGAGACGUAUGAAAUUGACAAGCAGUUCAUGUGGGGCGAGGCCCUUCUGAUGACUCCCGUCCUCGAACCGGGAGUUGUCUCCGUGGACGGCUACUUUCCUGCGGGAAAGUGGUAUGACUACCACACGGGUCGAGAAUUCUCCAGCUACAAGAGCGGCCAAUGGCUUCCCGUUUACUCGCCGCUGUUCGACCCGAGCCGGCCGUGUACCUUGCACGUCCGUGGCGGCUCUGUGAUCCCCAUGCAGGGACAUGCCAACACAACCACCGUGAGCCGGAGGAAUCCCAUGAAGCUUUUGGUAGCACUUAAUGCGUCUGGCGAAGCCGUCGGUGACCUUUACUGGGACGACGGAGAGACAAGAGAUGCGCAACUUCUGGAGGAAUACGUGUAUCUCAAGUUUCGUGCAAUGAACAACACUCUGGAGAUCUGCAGCUACCAGUACAAGAAGCUGUUCAACUCGACGUUCGACGAGUUGGCCAUCAUGUCCGUUCGUGUCCUCGGAAUCCGCCGGAGGCCCGCCCGCGUCGAACUGGAUGGCUACUAUCUCCUCUCGCGCCGACAGUACCGGUGGCACCACAGCAACAAGGUCAUGGAUUUGAAGCAGAUUCUCAUGCCUCUCAGGAAAAACACCACCGUUCGCUGGUUCAUGUCGUGACAUAGGCACCCCAAUAGGCACCUCGGCUUCGUCGCGGCCGACCGAACUGGCAGCGACCGUGGCCGCUGCUCGCGAGAUAGCGAGAGCAAGUGGCCCGUGACGCCGUCCCCGAAGAGGACAAGACGACCACGCGCCGUGGGCUGUGCGAUGUGCGGGGUGCGCCUACUCCUGCGACUGCUGCAGAAGAGGAAAGAGCGCCCUGCGAUUGUUCUAAGUCAGACAUUGCCGUGGACCUCUCAGUGCCGUGUGAAACAGUUCUAAUGUGUAUACUGUGUGCCGUCGCACAUCUACGUGAGACGGCGCUACCGUAACAAGGAGUUGUGGCUGGACCGAACAAUGCCGUCUCCCGGUACAAUUUCCGGCCGCAAGUACGCAUACUUACCAGCGCGUCAACUUUGAUGCUGACGCUGAAUAGAAAAUGGCUUUUGUCCCGCGAGAAAAGUACACAUUGACUGCCAUAACUUCUUAUAACAGUGACCUUCGGUGCGCCUGGUUCGUUUGUUAUUUUUGCUCCGGGGGACCAUGAAGUAAGAUGCUUUUUUUUUUUUCCUGAUCAGAAGCCGCAUCCGCAAAACUAUCUUGCAUGAAAAGGUGAAACUGAGAUUGACAGCGCAUAUUACGACUGUCUCGACCAUGGGCAUCGACCGUUCGCCUAACUGAUCUAUGUGCGAAACUGCUUUUGGCAUAAGCUUUUAAGCAAGCAACCGUCUCCGAUGUUCUUAUCAGUUGUUCUUGAACACAACCUGGUGCUCGUGGUAGCGCGUACACUACUAGGCUUCGGAAGACACUUUAUGACGGUUGCAAACGCUUCCGCUAGUCUGCGUCUGCGCGCCGCAGUUUCUGUUGACUAGAGACUCCAAACGGAUUCGGAUGCAAAACCAUCGAAGACGAACAAAGCAAGCCCAACUAAUAAGCGUACGGCGACGGCGUUCAUAAACAGUGUUGGCGCUCGCCGGUCUAGGCUACAGUGCAGAGCAUGGGUGCAUA